AAGCCCAUUGUGUCGCCAAACGUCAAAAAGUGCUAAGCAAUCAAACGGUAAAAUGUUCAAAGUGCAGUGCGUAACCAAGUCAAAGAACAACUAGAAAUAAAGGAAGAACAUAGUGUAAAGGAUUCCCCAAGAGCUUGGCUGUGCGCGCUGUGGGCGCUCGUUGACGUAAAAUUGUGUUGCAUACUUUUGAGCUGGCCGCGAAAAUCACUGCGAACAUGUUGUUUUCGAAGCGCAUACGUGGAGGCAUCAGCGAGAGAAGCAGUCGCUGCAAUUUUGGAGCAACGCGCCCGCAAGCCAAGGCCAAACAUUCGCAGCAAUGGCAACACUAAUCCCAGCGGCAGGAUGCAACUCAGCGAGCGCACAGUCCUCACAUGUUGAGGCCACAUAUGAAGAUAUGUUCAAGGAAAUCACACGCAAACUAUACGGCGAGGAGACCGGCAACGGUUUGCACACGCUCGGCACUCCGGUGGCUCAGGUGGCCACCAGCGGACCCACUGCGGUGCCCGAGGGCGAGCAGCGCUCGUUUACGAAUUUGCAACAAAUCGAUCGCACCGCAGCGCCCAGCAUUGAAUACGAAGCAAGUGGUGCUGCGGGCGGUGGCAGCGGCAACAACGUGGCCACAACCCAGGCCAAUGUAAUCCAACAACAACAACAACAACAACAGCAACAGCAGCAGCAGCAACAACAAUCAGAGUCGGGCAACUCUGUGGUGGUCAGCGCGAGCGGCAGCGGCUCCUCUGUGGUGCCGGCGCCCAGCGUCGCCGCCGUGGGCAGCUUCAAGUCCGAGGAUCAUCUGAGCACAGCCUUCGGCCUGGCAGCGCUCAUGCAGAACGGCUUUGCAGCCGGCCAGGCGGGCCUGCUGAAGGCCGGCGAGCAGCAGCAGCGCUGGGCGCAGGAAACCGCCGCAGCCGAGCAGCAGCAGCCGCAGCUGGUCCAGUGGACCACGGGCGGCAAGCUGCAGAGCUAUGCGCACGUCAGUCAGCAGCAGCAGCAACAGCAGCAGCAACAACAACAGCAGCAGCAGCAACAGCAGCAGCAUCAGAGCACGCCCAAGUCCAAAAAACAUCGUCAGGAGCACGCGGCAGAGCUGAUUUAUGCCAGCCCCUCGACAUCGGCCAAUGCGGCACAGAACUUGGCCCAGUCCACGCCCACCUCAGCGCCCACCAAUUCGAGCAGCAGCAGCGGCGGCGGCAGCAACUCGUCCGGCGGCAGCCGCAAGAAAUCCUCCCAAGCACAGGCAGCCGCCGCCGCGGCAGCUGCCAAUGGUGUGCACAUAGUCAAGCGCUAUGCGUGCACCCAUUGCCCGUACUCAACGGAUCGCCGGGAUCUGUAUACACGGCACGAGAACAUCCAUAAGGACGAGAAGCCCUUUCAGUGCUAUGCCUGCCUCAAGCAGUUCAAUCGCGCCGAUCACGUCAAGAAGCACUUUCUGCGCAUGCAUCGCGAGCUGCAGUACGACAUCAACAAGACGCGACGCCAUGUGCCCGCCGGCAGUGGCUCCGGCGGCGGAUCCGGCGGCAGUGCGCAUCAUGCCGGCGGACGCGGCAAUGUGACGAUCAAUGCAACGGGCGUUAACAUUGACAAUGCGUUCCUGGAGGCACAGCGACAUCCCACCUCGACCAGCAUGAGCAUUGUGGAGACCAUCGAGGCGGUGGCAUCCGCCGCCGACAUGCCGCUGGCCCAGCUCAAGCAGGAGAAACUGGACGAUGGCUCUGUGCUGCCGCUGCAUGUGGGCGCCGUCAUGAACAGCGCCCAGCAGCCGGUGGCCAGCUCCAGUUCCGGCUCCGGCAGCAGCAGCGCCGCCGGCUCUGGCCUGCUGAAGCCCAAGCGCGAGAAGCGCUUCACCUGCUGCUAUUGCCCCUGGUCGGGCGCCGACAAGUGGGGUCUCAAGCGUCAUCUCAACACCCACACAAAGCCAUUCGUCUGCCUGCUCUGCGACUACAAGGCGGCGCGCUCGGAGCGCCUCGCCACCCACGUGCUCAAGGUGCACAACAAGCGAGCCUGCAGCAAGUGCUCCUAUCUGGCUGACACGCAGGAGGAGUUCCAGGCCCACAUGAGUGAUGUGCAUCCGCACGAUAAUCGUCCGGCGCGCAGCAGCAGCAGCAACAACAACAGCGGCGGCGGCAACAGCAACAACAACGGCAACAACAAUGGCAGCAACAAUGCAACACAUAGCCAGAACUUGAAUGUCUUGCGAACGAUUGGCAACACGCUGGUGGCCAACAAUCAGCUGAACACGUUCCACAAUGCCGGCAAUGCUUUUGGCUCGUCGGGCGGCGGUGGCCAAACCGUUGGCAAUGUGAGCGGCAGUGGCGCCGUUACCAUCUAUACCACCACCACCAAUGAGGGUGUGACUGGAGGCGGCGGCGGCAGCGGCGGUGGCGGCGGCGGCAACAUCACGGGCGGCCCCUUGCAGGAGAUCAUUGUGAAUCCCACGUCGAUGGUGGGCUGGCGUCUCAGUGCCAAUGGGUCUCUGAUACCGCCGCAUGAUCUGCUUACCGGCAGCCUGCCGAAUGCGGCCACACAGAAACGCGGCUCGGAGCGUUUAUUUCAAUACCUCGAAGCCGAGGGCAGCGAUCCGGAGGACUAUGCGCGUCUGCUAAAAAUGGACGCCAUUAGUCGCAACACAGCUUCGGUCGCUCAGGAUUUUCAUAAAGCGGGAGGCGUGCACGAGUUGAAAAUACCAGCUAAUCAUCAACUCCUGUUCAAUAAUAAACUGCCUUCGCAAUGGACGACACGAGAGGCUGCUGCGCUACUGCACAGCCUGAGCAGCAUGGGCGGCCAUCACAGCGGCAACACCAACAGCAGCAGCAACAUCAACAGCAGCAGCAGCGGCGCCGGCAGCGGCGGCAAUAUUGCACAGCGUCAAAAGUUUGGCGUGAUGCGUGCCAGGCAACACUCGACGGGAGAGGAUGAUGAGAAUACGCCCUCGUCGGCAUCGUCAUCCUCGUACUCGGGCGAUGAGUACAACAUGUCGGGCGCAACCUCACCAAUGAAACUGUCACGUCAUGCCAACAGCAACGGUAAAAGCCUGCGAGCUUCUGAUGAGAGCGAGCACAAAGAGCAGAACAACAAGGCGUUGAUGGCAACGGCAUUUCUGGAGGCAGCAGCCUACGAGCAAACGGCCAUCGAGCUGCUCGCCAGCAAGCGAAAGCUCAAAAUUGAGUAUGACGAAGAUCAAGAGAAUCAACAACAACAACAACAACAGCAGCAGCAGCAGCGAGUGCAGCUUAUUAAAUCGUCUCCCGCGUAUAAACUAAACAACAACAACCAUAACAAUAAUAAUAAUAAUAACAACAGCAGCAACAACAGCUAUUUCAAAGAGAAAUCUUACAGAAAUGCCGUGCUUCAUCGUCAAGAUGAUAAAGAGAACAACACCAGCAGCACUGAGGCAACAGCAGCGGCAGCCGCAGCAGCGACGGCGGCAGCAACUGCUGUUGCUGCUGCGGCAGUGGCUGCAGUAACAGUAACACCAAACAGCAGCAGCAACAACAACAAUAAUAACAACACACCCUUUCUCACACAAAUGGAAUAUCAGAAUCUCAAUCGCAUUGGAACACAAUUUCAGAAUUAUGUUAAGGAUAUUAUUAACAAAUACUAUGCAGCUGAGACGCCCCUAAUGCUGGCUGCUGCCGCAGCAGCGCUGCCUACAGCGACGACAACAGGUCAGCAGCGGGAGCGAGAGCGUGAACGUGAGCAAACGUUGUCGCCCAGCAAGCGGCGACGCCUGCUGAGCGAGACCGAGGAGUACAUAGAGUAUCUGCGCAACAAGGAGGACAUCACGCUGACCAUAACGCCCAAGGUGCCUAACAGCAGCAGCGGCAGCAGCAGUAACAGUGCGCCGUUAAAGUCAACAGCAGCGCCGGCUUCACAGCCGCAGUCGCUGCUCAAACGUCAGCUGGAUCUGGCAGCACCGCGCAAAAGUCCCAAGAAAGUACCAGCAGUAAAUCAACAUGCCCUCAACAACAGUAGCAUUACCAACAACAUCAAUAGCAACAGCAACGCCAGCAGCAGCGCUGCUAACGCCUCGCGCAAGUCCUUGAAUCAGCUGGCAACGCUGCUGCCCCUGCUGGCCGAUGCAGCUAGCAAGCAAGAAUAUUUAACGGCACCGCUGGACUUCAGCAAAAAGUCAGAGGCAGAGACGGCGCGCAGCUCACGUAAACAGUCGCAGCCAAAGAAAAUACGUCUCGCCCCCGAGGUGGUCGUAGCCAUGCUGCGGGACAAGCAUCUCAAUAAGCUGGUGCAUCAGAGAUUGGGCUGCGCCAGCUGCACGGCCAACCGUCGGCGCAAUGGCGGCGGCAUAAGCUUCAACUACCACACGCUAGGCUCUCUGGCGCUGCAUCGGUUUUGGAAGCAUCGAGCUUUGAAGGUCGCGUCGCGCGAUUGUAGGCAGUGCAGCGCACGGUUUGAGCGGCGCUACAGUUUACAGCUGCAUCGCCGGCUUAGGCAUGCCAAACUGUAAAGCGUACACAAACUUUAAGCUCUCUCUCACUCUCAAUCUCUCUCUCUCUCGUUGAGAAAACACACUCUCUCAUUUAUUUUAGCAAAUGUUUUGCUUGCCAUAUACAUUUAUUAUGCAUUAGGCGUAACAUUGAAAAUUCAUUAAAAAUUUGCAUUUAUUUGUUAAAUUUUAAGUUGUGAUGUACCUGAAAUAUGAUUUCUCUUUACAAAAAAAAAAAAACAAAAAACAAAAAAUGAAAAGAAAACAAAAAAGAAAAAUAAGAAAAAACAAAGAUAAAAGAACGAAAAUCAUUCAUAAACAAUAAUGUAGAAAGCAGCGCCCACAUUUCGAUAAAUUUCCCAUUAUAUUAAUUGUAUAAUUGAGGUUAUGUAAAAGACACACACACACAUACACAGGCACACUCACGUUCUAGUGUUAAAAAACGACAAAAAAAACCCUUAAACUUAAAUAUUUAUAAAGCACACACUUAAUAGAAUCUAGGCAGAGAUAUUCGAUGAGCAUUUAUCAAAUGUCUUGAGUUUCGUUGCAAAAUCAUUUGUGAAGCAAAAUAGCUUUAAUUUGCCAUUAAAAAACAUCAGCAUUUAGUUACUUAAUACGAGUAUAAUUUUUGCCAUUUUCAACAUAGCGCGAAUGUUAUUUUCUAGUUGUUUAAGUUGUAUUCUCUACACACACACACACACAUACACAUACACAUACAUAUACAUAUAUAUAUAUUUAAUUUAUACAACAUGAAUGCAAACCUCAAAUACCCUUUUGCCUUAUUUUUUAAAUUAAGCUUUAAACAACAUGAACAUUGCAUAUUGUGUACAUUUAUUUAGUUCUAGUUUUAGUUUUGAGCAACAGCCACGCCCACAAUGCCCACAA